AAAAUAUUGAGCUGUAAAAAUCUACAAAACUUUGUAUUUUAGCAUCCAUUAUUACAAACUAGUUAUAGUCCAAACAUCAAUUGGCCAAUAAAUUUUUAGAAUAAAUUCACUCCUUCUUGACCUUUGCUGGAAAAAAAAUCAGCAAAAUGGGUCACGUUAUUUCGACAUACACCAAUCCUGACUCGAUGCCACGGUAUCAGGAGCCACCAACUUUUGAUCCUUUGCUUGGUUUUCCAGAAGGACGAAAGGAAAGAGUAAUGCAAGUUACAGAGGAAGAGAUGCUCGCCAUGAACAUUUCGAAGAAUCAGAGAGACUACUGUGUUCAUAAAUUGAUGGAAUAUAAGAAAUGCAGAAAUGAGAAAUUUCCUUAUGUCGCAAGCUGUGCUCACGAAAGACAUGACUGGGAUCUCUGUGUAUAUGAUGAUUUUGUGCUUCGAAUGAAAGAAUAUGAACGUGAGAAGAGACUUAUACAAAGGCAAGCUAGGAAACAAGCUAAGGCAAACAGAGAAGAGCUAAUAGCAUAGCAUACCAUAGGAAAAUGUUUAAAUUAAAACUGUACAUAGAAAACAGAAUAAACUAGUGUCUAGAACUGCCAAAUGUGUACAUUAUAAAAGUUUUAUCAGUUCAACAUUAUAAUAGUUUUAUCAGUACAAUAUGAACACUGGUUUCGUAACCAACUGUUGACCACCAUCAAAGCUGAAUUAUAGAGAUGAGGAACCACGCGGCAACUUUUGAUUAUCAGUUAAUACACAUAA